GUUUGUUUCUGACCCUCAGACGGGUUUGACUGACAGCGUCUAUUUAUACUCUGCCGUCAUGUCAUGUGACCUUGGAGCUAAAUUUACCGGUGAGACCCGAGGUCGGAUUUCAGCUCAGAGCAGGACCAGGGGGAAACCACAGUAGUACUGUCUGUAGUAACAGCAGUACUACCGCAGGACUCCAAACCGGCCCAUCAGACAACAGCACAAACUGGGCGAGGAGGAAGCUGGAGGUCAGAGGUCAUCCUGUGCUGUGCUCGGAUGUCGGAGGGCGAUGGCAGAGGUCACGGCGCCGUGGAUCUCAGUCCAGUCUGUCAGAGCUCUGUGGGAGACCAGGAUCAGGAAGGUUCAGGAGGAGCAGCAAAGGAGGCGGGUGCUGAGGGGCGGAGCCAAGGGCAGACUGGGUGUCAGCGUGUGGGAGGACCGAGCGGUUCUGGCCCGGUUGAAGCAGAAGCUGCAGACUGAAGAUGGACGCCUGGUCCUGCGGCUGGAGCACGAGGACUGGAAGUCGCUACCCAGCUGUUUGGUCCAGCUCAGUCAGGUCCAGGAGUGGCAGAUCCACAGAACCGGACUGCAGAAGAUCCCAGAGUUCAUCUCCAGAUUUGAAAACCUGAUGGUCCUCGAUGUGUCCCGCAAUGGAGUCACAGACAUCCCAAAAGAAAUCGGGAACCUGCCUCAGCUCUCAGAACUGCAGCUCAACUACAACAAAAUCCAGUUGGUCCCAGAAGAGCUGAGCUACUGCCAGAACCUGAAGAGGCUGGAGCUUUCAAUGAAUGAGAACCUCAACCAGCUCCCAGACCAGCUGAGGAACCUGAAGAAGCUCCAGUACCUGGACCUGUCCAUGAAUGAGUUCACGUCCAUUCCAGACUGCGUGGUUGGUCUGCCGGCUCUAGAGUGGCUUGACAUGGGAGGAAAUCAGCUGCAAAGUUUACCAGAAGAUAUCCACAGAAUGUACAAAGUCCACACUCUGUGGCUGCAGAGGAACCGGCUGCAGAAACUUCCAGAAAGCAUCUGCAGAAUGGACACUUUGACCACUUUGGUCCUCAGCAGUAACAGACUGAGAGACAUCCCUGCAAUGAUGGAGGACAUGUCCAACCUCAGGUUUGUGAAUUUUCGGGACAACCCUCUGGCCCUCGAGGUGACGCUGCCAUCCAGCAGGACCACGGCUGAGGACGACGAGGAUGACAGGGAGAUGUUUGGACUUGAAUUCAUGAAGAUGUACAUCCAGGAGGCCAGAAGACGAUCUCAGCCUGUGAAGACGCUGUGACGCACUGCACUUUACUUGGAGGACACUUGUGGGGUUUUUCUGAUUCAGAAAACAGAUUUUCUGAGCAACACUUUUUUCUGCUCUUUUGACA